AUGGAUGCAAUAGCGUCGGAGAGGAAGACGAAGCAGGAGCAAGGUGGAGGAGGUGCGAAGACGAAGAGGACACCGCGACGGCGGCGUCGCGGGCGGUUGAGCCCCCGCGGGGAGGACAGGAUGGGCGGCGUGGGCGGGUACAAGCGGUACGUGUGGCUGGUGCUGAAGCACGUGCACCCGGAGCUGGGCGUGUCGGGGCGUGCCAUGGAGGUGCUGGACAUGUUCAUGGCGGAUAUGUUCGAGCGCCUUGCGGAGGAGGCGGCGCGGCUCACCAAGGCGACGGGCCGCGCCACGCUCACGUCCCGCGAGGUGCAGAGCGCCGUCCGCCUCGUGCUCCCCGGCGAGCUCGGCAAGCACGCCAUCUCCGAGGGCGUCAAGGCCAUCUCCAAGUACACAUCCGCCGCGUAG